UUUCGGCGCAUAUCACGAAGCCUGUUCCUUUUUAUCUCUCUCUCCUACAAAUAUACAUUUUCGACCGUUGGGGUUUUCACACACUCAUACACACGCUGAGAGAAAAAUGGGUUUACGUGGGAGGAAAAGGGCUGCUCCGGUGAAUGUGGAUGAUGUCGACGGAAGUACUCAGAAGAAUUCGGAGUAUGAACAGUUGAGGGAAAAAAGAAUAAAGGAAAAUCUUGAAAGGAUGGAAAAGUUGGGGAUUUUUGAUAUGUCACUCAAACUUAAGCCUACUAGGACACCUGCUGUUCGUAGGACUCCCCAGCGUCUCUCUCCUUUGCAGCCUACUGGACCCGCUCGCCGUUCCUCCAGGCUGCAGAAUGCGACACCAGUUAGCUAUUCAGAGGUGCAUCUGUCGAACUCUUUGGAUGAUGAGAAUCAUUUGUUGAGGGAGGAAGGGUCAAAGCCAGAGAUUUACACAGAAGAACAUGAGAAAUUAUUGGGUUCCACUGAUUUGAGCUGGACUUUUUUCGUGGAUGGAUAUGGAAAAGAUGGAAAGAGAAUCUAUGAUCCAGUCAAGGGAAAAACUUGUCAUCAAUGCAGACAAAAAACUCUUGGUCAUCGUACUCAUUGCUGCAAAUGUCAAAUGGUUCAAGGACAAUUUUGUGGAGAUUGCUUGUAUAUGAGAUACGGAGAACAUGUACUUGAAGCUAACAAGAAUCCAAACUGGAUUUGCCCUGUUUGCCGAGGAAUUUGCAACUGCAGUUUGUGCCGGCAAGCAAAAGGUUGGGCUCCUACUGGUGCUCUUUAUAGGAAGAUUGCAGGACUGGGUUACAAGUCAGUUGCACAUUAUCUAAUUCAAACCCAUCGAGCUACUGUCAGUACUGAGAACAACUCGGCACCAGUCUCUGCAAAAAGAUCACUACCUUUCUCAGAUACAGAAGGUACAAUGGUGAUGACUACUCAAACCGAGGUGAAACCAGUGAAGUAUGAUGCCAAUGAGUCCAACUUAGCUCCAGAACGUAACACAGAGCCCUUGCUGAAGUCCGUUGUUGAACCCUUAGUACAACUGAAACAUGACUCUGAAAACAGUGGUACAAAUCAUGUGCUCUCAUGCGACAAUGUAGGAAAUUUCUCAGCAGACAACAAAUCCGGAAAUGAAAAUGCCGUGCUGGUAGGCAACUCAGUGACUUCUCAAACUGAGGUGAAACCAGUGGAAUAUGAUGGUCAUGAGCCCAACUUAGCACCAGAAAGUAGCACAGAGCCCUUGCAGAAGUCCAUUGUUGAACCCUUAAUACUACUGAAACAUGACUCUGAAGACAGUGGUAAUGAUGUUGCGAUCUCAUGCGACAAUGUAGGAAACUUCUCAGCAGACAACAAAUCAGGAAAUGAAAAUUCUGUGCUGGCAGGCAGUACAUUGACUUCAAGUGCACCUGCGCUUUCUGAAUUGAACGAUGGUCACAAAGGCGAGUCACAACUUGAUCAUGAAUCUGAUAUUGGAAAAGUGCCAUCAUAUGAAGACAAAGAGGAAGGCUUUUGUGUCUCGGAUGACAAAAACUGUGAUGUGGUUCCACCAGAAGAAAGUUCAAAGUCAAAGAUGAUGAAGCCUUGUCGAGCUGCUGCACAAGUUGUUGAUACUAUUGCUGGAAGACUAAGGCAGAGACGUGGAAAGACCAAUGUGGAAGCAUGACAACAUCUCGGAAACAAAUUGUGGGAUAAUCUUUUGCACCUGAAUCAGGUUGCAACGCUAAAUGGUAAAAGCAUAUUCGAUGUGAUAGUGAACAGUGGUCUAGGUGGCUAGUGGUUUUUGCUUAAAUGUACUCAUAUUACCUGUGUAAGGGUUUCUUUUUGCAGAACUGUUUUACUGACUUAACUGAAGUUAAUGGAUCCAAUAUGAACUCUGUUUUUGAGGUGAGUCAAA